UCUGCAAAUCACAGCUAAAACCUCUCUCUCUCUCUAGGUUGAAAAUUCAACUGAUAUUUGGAAUUGGCUGAUCAGAUUCAGUUGAGAACCAUGAUCGAAACGGAAAAGUAACUUGAAAUGAGAUUCCAUUGAUGCGUAGAGUUCCAAUUUUCGCGCCGUUUCUUCGUAAUUUGUUUUAUACGAAGGAAAGCUGAGGGAUUGAAUGGGUUGGAGCAAUCCAUUUAAGGAGGUGGCGACUUCCAGGCCAUUGUUCCUGACGAUCUACGCCACCGUGAUUAUCGGAUUAUUAGUUUCUUCAUUUUAUGUCUUCUCCGCAGUUUUCUCCGGCUCCAACUCCAUCUCUUCCUCCUCCUGGAUUGUGUCCGGCGCCAACGCCACUGAAUCACCUUCAAUAUCCUUCCACCCGGUAUCUGAUUCUUCCAUUCACGUAGUGGCUGGUGUGACUCUGGAUAACACCUCUGAACAUAGAGAAUCUCUGCAGCCUAUUUGGAAGGCUCCUGCUCCUGGUUCAAAAAUGCCGCCUUUGGAGACUUUUAAAUUGACCAAGGAACUGGCCGGGAAAAGGGUGAAGGAUAAUGUUAUAAUUGUGACAUUUGGUAAUUUCGCUUUCAUGGAUUUCAUUCUGAGUUGGGUUAAACACUUAUCAGAUAUGGGAGUCGACAACCUUCUUGUUGGGGCAAUGGACAUAAAAUUGUUGGAGGCUCUUUACUGGAAGGGUGUUCCAGUUUUUGAUAUGGGUAGUCAUAUGAGCACAGUUGAUGUUGGAUGGGGCUCUCCAACAUUUCAUAAGAUGGGUAGAGAGAAGGUUAUUCUGAUAGAUUCUUUCUUACCUUUCGGCUUUGAGUUACUGAUGUGCGAUACUGACAUGGUCUGGUUAAAGAACCCGCUUCCUUAUCUUGCGCGUUUUCCUGAAGCAGACGUGCUGACUUCUACUGAUCAAGUUGCACCAACAGUAGUAGAUGAUCGAUUGGAUGACUGGAGACUAGCUGGGGCAGCCUACAACAUAGGAAUUUUUCACUGGAGGCCAACUCCUUCCUCGAAAAAGUUAGCAAAAGAAUGGAAGGAAAUGCUUAUAGCAGAUGAUAAGAUAUGGGAUCAAAACGGUUUCAAUGAGAUUGUUCGCAAGCAGCUGGGCCCAUCUGUUGAUGAAGAUAGUGGACUUGUAUAUGCUUACGAUGGAGAGCUUAAGCUAGGCCUUCUUCCAGCAAGUAUAUUUUGUAGUGGACAUACUUACUUCGUCCAGGCCCUAUAUGAACAACUUAGACUAGAGCCGUAUGCUGUGCACACCACAUUCCAGUAUGGUGGUACUGAAGGAAAACGCCAUCGGUUACGUGAAGCUAAGGUUUUCUAUGAUCCACCGGAGUAUUAUGAUACCCCAGGAGGAUUUUUGACAUUUAAACCUCAUAUUCCAAAGAACUUGAUGUUAGAUGGAGAGCAUAACUUUGACUCUCACUUUGCUCUUGUCAAUUACCAAAUAAAGCAGAUACGAACUGCUCUUGCCAUUGCUUCAUUGUUGGGUCGCACAUUGGUAAUGCCUCCACUAUGGUGCAGGUUGGAUAGGCUGUGGUUUGGACAUCCAGGGAUUUUGCCAGGCACCUUGACUAGGCAACCAUUCAUUUGUCCUUUGGACCAUGUGUUUGAGGUUAAUGUAAUGUUAAAAGACCUCCCAGUGGAGGAAUUUGGACCGGAUAUUAAUAUUAGAGAGUAUUCUUUCUUAGAAAAUCCAUAUAUGCCGCAAGAGGUGAAAGAUUCAUGGCUUGAUGUGCAUCUCUGUCAAGAAGGAUCGCCUGGUUGUGGUGUUUCAAACAGCACAAAUCCAGCUGGAAUCCUCAAGUUCCCUAAGCGAAGUACAGAGGAAACGUUCAAAACCAUAUUUUCACCAUUGAAGGACGUCAAAGUCAUUCAGUUCUCAUCGAUGCAAGAAGCCUUCGUAGGAUUCAGUGACAAGGAGACGGAAGAAAGAUUCAGGAGGCGUAUGAAGCGGUACACAGGCAUUUGGUGUUGUGUGGGGGAUCACAGACCGGGCCACAUAUACUACGAUGCGUAUUGGGAUGAAAAGCCUGGUUGGAAGGCAAAACCUCCCCGGACUCCAGAAGAGGAUCACCCCCCACUUUGAGGCUUGUCAUUUUGUAAUAUUAUGCUUGCAUUGCAAAUUUGGGGAAGGAAGAAAGCAUCUGAAUGUUGCAAUCCCCAAUCAUGAAAGGUUUGAUGGGGUAUGCAUAUACAGCUAUGGAAAUCUAUACAUAGAGAUGACACGGGUUUCCUUUUCCUUUUGUGGUUCUUUUACUUGUUUUCUCCUCUUCCCGGGUUAGUGUUAAAGCUCUCUGUAACCUGUAUCUUAGAACAAUUAUAUUAUUUUUAUCAGAAAAUUGUUGGGCUAAAAUGUAGCUAUGCAAAUAAUUGGGAGCUCAAGCGGACAUGUCAUUGUAUUUUUUGUUAGUUUUGACUUUUGAUGAAGAGAGAGUUGUUGCAGAGAAAGAGAAGUUUUAUGAAGUUUUAUAAGUUUAUGCAUUGUCA